CGAGAGGCUGUGGUUUAUCUUAGUUUAUAUGAAUCUUUGAAGAAGAAAACAAUGAAGAUUGUACGUCAUCAACACGCGUCUCAACAAGCGGGAGUUUGAGAAGCGGAAGAAGUUUCUAAACAGCCUUUUCUCAGAGCCGUGAUGUCUCAGAGAAAGAGAGCAUCCAACACACAGAGCUCCCAGAACAAAGGAGUUCGGUCCCAGCGUUGGGAGGCGGUGCUAGGUGAUGAUGAGGAUGACCCGUCCUUCACCCAGCCCAGUACGUCGCAGGUACAGAAGGGUCUGGACAGACUGACACCUGCUCAGGUCGACCUGAAGACAGCUGAGGUUGUCCAGUUCAUCUUCGUUAAGGACCAGAAAAAGUUCCCCAUCCGCAGAGCAGACAUCGUGAAACAUGUUGUGAAGGAGUACAGGAACAUCUACCCUGAGAUUAUAAAGAGGGUGGGAUGUGUUUUUGAGACCGUGUUUGGUCUGAAGCUGGUGGAGAUCGACUCUAAGAACCACGUCUACAUCCUCAUCAACAAACUGGAGCAGCUAGAGGGAGAAUCUCUCAACAUGAGUCCCAGUAAUCCAAAGACAGGUCUACUCUUCGUAAUCCUCAGCAUCGUCUUCAUGAAGGGGGGUGUGGUCAAGGAGAGUAUGGUGUGGAACACACUGAAGAAGCUGAGAGUUGAUCAAGGGGAGAGACACGACCUUUUUGGAGACGUGAAGAAGGUCGUUACUGAUGAGUUUGUCCGUCAGAGGUACCUGGAGUAUGUGCGUAUCCCACACACAGAGCCGUUGGAGUUUGAGUUCCGUUGGGGUCAGAGGGCAGACAUGGAGGUGUCAAAGGUUAAACUACUGGAGUUCAUUGGACAGCUCCAUGAACAGGAUCUAGAGCUCUCAGCAGUACCCUGCCGCCCCGGCAGUUGUCACCUCUGCUAA